UAGAAGUUCCCAAUAUAUUGAGAAAGAACUCUCUCUCUCUCUCUCUCUCUCUCUCUAAAAAAUGGCUGGUUCCAAGCAUUGUUUCACAUUGUCUUUGGUUCUACUAAUUUCAUUGUCAAGCAUUGAUAUGAGCUCGGCAGCUCGGCACCUUUUGGAUACACCGGCAGCUCCACCGCCAACAUUGACCCUGCCUACAAUUCCAUCUCUUCCCAAGGCUACAUUGCCUCCUUUGCCCUCUGUGCCAACCCUGCCUAAAACCACUUUGCCACCUUUGCCAUCCUCCCCUUUGCCAACACUUCCAACUCAACCCACUCUGCCAAAGCCAACACUGCCACCACUGCCUAGCACCCAAUUCCCAUCUCAACCAACACUGCCAAAAGCCGCAUUGCCACCAUUGCCUACGACACCGUUGCCAACUCUACCAAAGCCAAGUUCGCCAACAGUUCCCAAGGUGACUCUACCUCCUCUGCCAGCCACUCCAUUGCCCACCAUCCCAACUACAAUCCCAUCUAUUCCUACCAUCCCAACAAUGAUUCCAACAAUUCCGACACUUCCUUUCCUCUCCCCACCGCCAUCAAAUUGAACUAGCAUUGAAACUCCAUGGGGCCAUUCAAUUUCUCCUACUGAUCUGGUUGUUGGAUGGUUCUUUGCCUGCACCACUGUUUGAAGCAUUCUUGAGCGUGUUGGAGCCUGCCUUUGCUCUAUAUAUACGUUUUUUGUUUAUAGGCUAUAAUGGAUUUUAUAAUAUUUGUUUGUAUGUAUCAUUGUAGAGUGAUUAAUUUAUCAUUUUAAUCACUC